GGCUAUCCAAUCAGACAUAAAUCCAAUCAGACAUUACGACAUGUGACUUUGGGAAAACGGGUCCCCUCAAUAAUGCAACUUGUUAUUACCUUCAUAAAAAAGGCUCUAUGGCUGCUAUUAUUCUCAGUUUAGGCUUCUUCUAGUUCUUGCAAACAGCCUGUCGCCAUGUCCGGUCGUGGAAAGAAAGCUGUCUCCAAAUCGAAGACUUCCACAAGUCGCUCUGUCAGGGCAGGUCUCCAGUUUCCUGUAGGCCGAAUUCACCGUCUGCUGAAGAAGGGACAUUACGCUGCCCGCAUUGGUACAGGAGCUGCAGUCUACCUCGCUGCCAUACUGGAGUAUCUCUGCGCUGAAGUCCUGGAGCUCUCGGGCAACGCGGCCCGUGACAAUAAGAAGUCGCGCAUUGCUCCACGGCACAUCCAACUAGCUGUGCGGAACGAUGAGGAGCUGAACACGCUGCUGGGUGCGGUCACCAUAUCGGAGGGUGGUGUCCUUCCAAACAUCCAAGCCGUGUUACUCCCCAAGAAAAGCAAGCAACCUAAAGACAACGGCAGCAAUGCCAAAGACGUCCAGUCUCAAGAGUUUUAAAAUGUACCUUACAAGCUUUUACCUUAAACUCGUCUCUUUCACGGUUUUCCUUAAUAAAAUAACAAUUUUAAAGUGUCUUUAGUGUUGGCCAGCUGAUGCACUGCAAUGACCUAUGUUAAGCUUUAUUUAAAUAUUUCGGGUCAAUUCAGGAAGUGCUUUCAAGUCAAUCAUUGACACUUUUGCCCAAAAAAUGCUUCUCAGUUUGAGAAGUUGUUACAGAAAUAAUGCCAGUUCACUGGAAUUUGAAUUUACUUCCUGAAUUGACUGACUUCAAUUUGAAUGAAUCCCCAACCCUGCAAGGAAUGCGGAAGGCCUACUGGUUUCAUGAGCUAAAACCAAUACCCUGGGAUUGUGUGGGGGGUCUGACUGCUCCAGCACAUGUGCAUAACUGGGUUCUAGUGACAGUUUUAAAAACUAGGGCAUUUCAGAACUGAAUCUUAAUGGUUUGUUUUCCAUCCAAAAGCCGGUGUAACAGUGUUUUUUUUAAAGUACUUGAGCGCACCCCUCAGCUAGCUAGAAAUGUGGCUGGAGCCAUCCAAUGUUGAAUCCUUUGGGUGGCUCAACUGGUUUGGACUGUUAGAGGGGUUGUGAUGCAGAAAACAACUGUUUUGAGCCCAGUGACCCCAGUUACACUGGGAUGGGGGAAACAGAAUUUAGAAUAAUAUGAGAGAAAUUUGCAUCAAUAUUGAGUAACUGGCCCUGGCUUGACUCUCUCUCUAUGCAUGUUAGCCAGACCUUUUCAACUUUAUAUUGAGCUCCUUUUUAUGUCUAAGAGUGGCUGCCAUUGACUAUUAUAAAUGAAAGCACUUGUCUGUUCAGGUCUGUGUACUUUGUCUGGGCUUACUUCUCCAUGCUCCUGAGUCUUUUGAUCCUAGGGGGUAGGCCUGGCAUGGGGUUGCCUGUGGGCAUUGUGCCCGGGAGGGUUUCACUGAUGAGCAGACCUUCAGCGUGGACAAACACUACAGUACUGCACCAUGAUCAGGAAAACCAUUCUACCCAGGUUACCUUGAAUGGUUAUCGGUACAUAAGGUAAAUGCUAUACCAAGUGAGGAAGCACCUGUGAGGAGGCAUAUUUUGUAUUUUCUUAUGGCUUGAUAUUACUUGAAAUCAGGGGUGUAACUUUGGUUUAAGAAGUGGGUGGGACAUAUUUUUCACUCCAAACAGCCUACCCGACCGCUCGGAGGCAACCGAAUGGUCCUAAAGCACACUAUUUCCUUGUUUUGUAUCACAUUCCAAUAAACCUGAGGGGGACAAAAAUGCACAUUAAGAAUGUGGUGGGGGGACGGACAUGUCGUCCCCAGUGAAAGUUGUGCCCGUGCUUGAAAUGUACUAUUAGUGCAAAAUGUUUAUCAAUAGUUGUCAGAUGUGAUUUGUUUGAUAAUGAGAGGAUUUCCAAUAGCAAAAUAAAUAUAGGCA